GCCGCGGCCGAGCGCCGCCGCCAUCAUGUUGCUCCGGUCCCGGUGCCGCUCCUCCGCCAUACCGACGCGGCUGCGAACCCCGCACACGCCGCCCGCCGCCGCCCGCUCCGUGGUGACCGCGGUGCCGCUGGUUUACGCCGAGGUGGAGGGUCGCGGGGACCGGCCGCCGCUGGUGCUGCUCCACGGGCUCUUCGGUAGCCACGGCAACUUCCAGAGUGUGGCCAAGGCGCUGGCGCGGCGCGGGAGCGGCAAGGUGCUGACGGUGGACGCGCGGAACCAUGGCAGCAGCCCACACAGCUCGUUGAUGACCUAUGAAGCAAUGAGUCUGGAUGUUCAGAACCUUCUGAGUCGGCUGGGCAUCACCAAGUGCAUCCUCCUGGGACACAGCAUGGGGGGCAAGACGGCCAUGACGCUGGCUUUGCAGCAGCCAGAGCUGGUGGAGCGCCUCAUCUCCGUAGAUAUUAGUCCUGGCUCAACUGCACCUGUGUCUGAAUUCUCUGCCUUCAUCUCUGCCAUGAAGUCAGUGAAGAUCCCGGAUGGCCUGUCCCGCUCUGCAGCCCGCCAGCUGGCUGAUCAUCAGCUGAGCCCAGUGGUCCAGCUCCCGCAGCUGCGACAGUUCCUCCUCACCAACCUGACGGAGGUGGAGGGCCGCUACGGCUGGCGGGUGAACCUGGAAGCCAUUUCCCACCACUUGGCAGAUAUCAUGAGCUUCCCUGUCUUCCACAAGCCAUACCCUGGCCCUGCACUCUUUUUGGGAGGAUCUAACUCGCCCUAUAUCAGCUCCAAAGACUACCCAGAGAUCCAGCGCCUCUUCCCCAAGGCAGAUGUGCAGUACAUCGAAGGUGCAGGCCACAUAGUCCAUCAGGAUAAAUUUGAAGAAUUCAUCACUGCUGUCCUCAAUUUCCUGCCACCACCAUAGCCCUGGAGAGCAGCGUUUGUGCAAGCACUGCGUGGCACCUGAGCAGCUCUGGGCGGUGAUGUGCUGCUCUGUGAGAAGGGGCUUGGCCUGCACCAGCUGCCCACUUUGCUAUCUUGCAUGCAAGGCCUUCUCCCAUCCUGGGUCACCUGGAGCUGGAGCAGAGAGGUACCUCCAUCCUGCUGAGCUCUCCUGCCACCUCACAGGGGCAGGGGAUGGCACCGGCCCCAGGACACUGCCCAGCCUGUCCUGCCUCUGCUGGAGUGCCUCAGAGGGGCAGGAGAGCUCUCUGGUUUUUCUGCUGCCAAGACCACCUGGUUGUGGAUCUGGAUGUGACUUUGCAGAUGGUGCAAUAAAGGUUAAUCCAUGCC